AUGUCGGUGGAUCGGACCAUCGAAGAACUGAGUGGCACGCUAAAUCAGCUAGGAAUCCUAGUGGAACAUAUAAAUAAUCAAAUCGUGGGGAUCACGUCGAGAAUCAACAAAACUCUCGACAACUUCGACACCUCGGUUAUGAACAUUGCAACUGAUGCGGGCUCUAUGACUGGUCAGGUCGGGGACACUAUUUCUCAGGUAAGGCUUGAUUUUGAAAAAUUGACAAAAAGAAGAGUUUUCUCAAAAAAACUUUUUUAAAAGUAGCCCCAGGCACUAGGCGUAAAGGACAUUUUAAAAUGUGAACAAGAGAUUUCGCUAGCUAAUGUAAACUUUAAAAUUUUUUUUAUUUUAAAUCUUAUUUAUCACUUUUAGGUACCAAACGCAUGGGUAUUUUAUUUGUUGUUCAUAACGCUAAUUAUUGUUUUAAUCCUACUGUCAGUGCUCAUUAUCAUAAGUCUUGCCACUCGAUUACACGCCAUUUAUCAUAUUAUCAAAGGAGACCGGCAUUGUAAGUUUGUCGCUAUUAUUUUCUGAUACAAAACCUUUGUGAAACAGUUCAAUAUUUUUUUACAAAAAGUUUCCCCUCCCCACCAUAGCCACGUCCCUAGCUUUAAAAUCAAUGAUCUUCAAGCCCGGAAUUCCGUAUUAACUUUCCAGCCCUGGUCAAUUCCCCAUAUCCCUCGAAUUACGACAGUAAACAGCCUCUAACGCUACCCAUAUCGCCCGUAACUGAUGUGAAACGACGACAUCAUGUUACUGUACCAAUGCAAUCGGAACCUAGACGAUAUGGAGAAAACAUAUCUUACGCUCAACCUCAAGACCCCGGGUUUAACGCCUUCUUCCAGAAACAUAACCUACAACCGCCCAGAAAUCAGGGUAAGUUAAGCAAUAUUUUAGCAAGGUACCAAUCUAUCAAAAAUUGAAAAUUUUCUUACUUUAAAUUUUUAAAACUUCACAACCGUUUUAUUAUAAGAAAUGACGCUAAUUUUACGCGCUUAGAACUUGAUAAAUCCCACGAGUCAACAGUGGUUGAAGUAGAGAACUGUACCAUUUUGCCACUGACUAUACGAGACUCUCCAGUAGGUAUGAAAAGGAAAACCCUAACAUUUUUAUUACCUAAACCAAUAAAUUAACGCUGGGUGCCCUACUGUGAAGAUGCAAACUAAUCAGUGACAAAUGACAAAAAAUAUUCAAAAAAUUUUGACCUAGUGUACCAACCCUAAUGACUAAUUUUGACUAACAGAAAAGUUCAACGACGUAUUUUAAAAAUUAAUAAAAAUUAUCAAACUAAACUUUUAAAGCAUCUCAUGUAAUCAUAUCUCAACCAACAUCUCAGCGUUACAUCAAUAUGUAUCGUCAAAAGUCCAAGCUAGCUGACUGUCGCUCUAGCUCAUUUAUUGUUGAAAAAUCGAAUGCUACUCGACAACAUUCUACAAAUAAGUCUUCUCUAUCAAGAACCAAAACUUUUGAUACGCCGUUAAAACUUUUUGGCGCAAAAGUUAAUGAUAUACCUACUAGACAUCCUAAUAUACCGGCAAAACAAUUAAGCGAAACUAGGAAACAGCCUGAUAUACCAACAAAACACUUUGACAAGCCUAUUCCUAUAACUGAAGAAGUCAAAAAGAUGAUUCAGGGUUUAGGUUAGAGAGUACUAGAUAUUGUUGGUCAAUUUGGCACUAUUGUUUUUAGUUUUGUCUCGUAAUUGUACAAAAAAGCUGAUUUUUCUCGUUUCGCCCGCAGAUUAAAAUUAAUGAAUGUCAUUUUUUAACACAGUAAAUACGUUGUUAUAACACUGUAAAUGUGUUUUUCUAAUCAUUAAAAAAUUUGCAUCAACACAGUGCGUUAAGCACUAAACUGUAGUUUGACUAACCACGUACUGAAACACUCACAUUGUGCCCUACUACAAUAUCAAAAAAUACAUAAAGUAAUAAUAACUUCUUUUUGUUACAGAAUCCGCAAACGAAGCAUAUCUCCGUCGACCUCUAAACCCAACACACACUCAUACAGCCAGCGCGGUGACAAUUGACCCACCAAUGCCUACGCCAACCCCUAGGUAUACCAAGAACAUACCGUACCGGGGAGAGCCAGUAUGA